AUGACUACCCUUCAUAGGGCAUGGCCAGCUGAAAGAAUCAUAAUCUAUACUGACAUAGAUGUGGAGCCACUGGCAGUUGAGUAUCCUGAUGGAGGGGGAGUGGCAUAUGGUGUAGGUGGUGGUGCAGGUGGUGAUGUAGGUGGUGUAGGUGGUGAUGCAAUAAGGGAUGAAAUAGAUUUGGAGAGUGAUUAUGAUGAAGAUGAUGAGAAUGAUGAAGAAGAAGAUGUUGAGGAUGUUGAGAUUGGUGCAAGAGAUGAAGAACAGGAUGUUGAGGGGGAUGACUUUGGUGAUGACAUAUUUGCUGCUCAAAACUUAGUUCCACAAGGUUCUACUCCCAAUACAGCCUUAGAAUCAAGCAAUGCACCCCACACAACCCCAGAAUCAAGCAAUACAUUUCAUGCAGACCCUAAGUGGACUGAGCCAGCCCUUGAGGAUGACUUGGUAAGUAUGGAUGGGUCUGAUGAUGAGCAAGUACUUGAGCAGGUAGAGUUUAAUGCUAAGAGUGACAUGAGAAAUGUUGUACUUAAGAAGGAGAUUAAGUUUCCUAAUGCAAAGGUGUUCAGAGUUGAUUUGAGAGAGUAUGCAAUCAAAAAACCUAUUGACAUCAAAUUCAAGCUUAAUGAGAGGACCAAAAUAUCAGUUCACUGCAAGAAUGGCCAAGCAACAUUAGCUUAUGUUGCUAAGAGGUUCAUUGAGGAUUUUAGCAAAAAUCCAAAUUGGGAGGUGAGUGGUGUACAUAACCAUGUGAUGCAAAAUUUAUCUGUUGACCUAAGUGUAAACCAAGUGUAUAGGUCAAAGAGAAAGGUAAAGGAUUUGAUCAAUGGAGAUGAGCAACUGCAAUAUGGUGUCCUUAGGGACUAUGCACAAAUGAUAAACACUGUAGACAAGGGGAGUAGGGUUAUACUACAGAUAGAAAUGACUGAUGAGACUUCCCAGCCAAAAUUUAAGAGGAUAUAUGUUAGGUUCAAUACUCAGAAGGUAGGAUUUUUAGGUGGAUGCAGGCCAUUUAUAAGUUUAGAUGGUUGUCACAUAAAGCAUAGAUUUGGUGGGCAAAUCUUAUCUGCCACUGCCAAGGAUGCAAAUGACAACAUUUUUCUAGUAGCCAUAGCUGUUGUGGAACAAGAAACCAGGGAGUCUUGGAUAUGGUUUUUGGAAAUUUUUGUUGAUGAUAUAGGGAGGUUAGAGGAGCUUCAGUUGGUUUUCAUUUCUGAUAGGCAAAAGGAGCUUAUACUUGCAAUAGAAACACUAUUCCCUACUGUGGAGCAUAGAUACUGUGUGAAACACAUCUACAAUAAUUUCAAAGUUGAUCACAAGGGAUUGGAGUUGAAGGAUGCACUGUGGAGGUGUGCUGCUGCCACAACAGUAAGGGAGUUUGAGAGAUGCAUGCAGUACAUAAGGGAUAUCGCACCUGCACAGUGGACAAGGUCACACUUCACUCCUAGGGCCUUAACAGAUUGUUUGGCUUUACACAAAAGGGAAGGGAUACAAAAGUAUGCUGGAAAAUUGUGUCCAAGCAUACAAGAUAGGUUGGAGAAAUUGAAGGUUGAAAGUAAGCCAUUUAGUGCUACCCUAGCUGACAGUUUCCUUUAUGAGGUAGGCAGUCAGUAUGAGAGGCAUGUAGUUGAUCUUGUCAAGAAGACAUGUAGCUGUAGGUCUUGGGAUUUAAAUGGCAUUCCCUGCAAACAUGCCAUAACAGCCAUUUAUACAAACAUUGAGACACCAGAAGACUAUACCCACCUAUACUACUUCAAAGAAACUUACAUGGAGAUAUACAAGGAAGUACUUCCUCCCAUGCCUGGCCAGUCAGAAUGGGUUGAGACUGGACAGCCUGCUCCCCUAGCACCUCACAUAUACAAACCACCAGGCAGGCCACUUAAGCAAAGAAAGAAGGCUUCUGAUGAGCCUAGGAACCCUUACAAUGCAAGUAGUCUGAACAACUUGUAA